GCCAUCUUUACAUACAAUCUAAAUGACCCUCUUCCUAAUCUUGUUACAUAUGAAAGUCAUGUGACAAGGAAUUGAAGUGAGAGAAAUAUACUUACUCUCAUCAUCAGAUUGUUUGGCAUUUAUAUGGAUUUUACAGUUUAAAUAUGAUUCUCUGUUAAGAAAUGGCUGUCCCAGGCAAAAAGGAAACAGAACAAUUUUCUUCAUCGGCAACUCUGAUAGGUUCGGAUGAAGAUCUGAAAGUAUACUGCCAACCAUGUGAUAGAGACGGACCACGCAUUCCUGCCCAUGGCUAUUGCACUGAGUGCCAAGAACACCUGUGUGAAACCUGUUUUACAGUUCAUAAAAAACACACCCUUUCAAGACAUCAUACUCUUCUAGAUAAGAACAACAUGCCUGCAACUUUACAACUGUCUUCGACAGCUGUCACAGCUAGCCAGCCUGACCGCCUCACAAAACCUUGCCCUGCACACAAGAAAGAAGUGAUAAAAUUCUACUGCCAUGACCAUAAAACAUUACUUUGCAAUGUAUGUGUUACCCUUGAACACACAGCUAAGACUUGUAAAGUCGACUACAUACCCAAUGUUUCUGGAAAGAGCAUUGAUGGUAAAGAAUACAAAAACAUCCUGAAAGCCAUAGAUAACAUUACUGGCCAAUGUCACAAGAUGUCAGAAGAUGUGAAGAAAGUGACAGCAUCAUCUAACAGUUCUUUGAAGAAUGUUUUGGCAAAUAUUGACAAGUUCCGAAAAGAAGUGAACCAAAGACUAGAUGAACUAGAGAGACAAGCUAAAGAUGCUGUUAAAGUUAAACAACAAGAAAAUGACAAAAAACUGAAAACAGUAGAAACAACAUGUGAUGAUGUGAGCACAUCCCUCAAAACAAGAUCCGCUACCAUCAAACAGCUGAACACAUCAAAACAAGCAGGCACACUGUUCAUGGAACUGAAAUUUGCUGAAAAAAUGAUCGAAGAUUAUGAGAAAACUAUCCAACAGGUGACAGCAUAUGAAGUCAAAGAGUACAACUUUAAGCCAAAUGAAGCAAUGUCAACUAUUGUGACUGAGAAGUCAUUUGGUAAAUUAACAACGAAAACAUUGAAACAUACAAGACCUUCAGCAGUCACAGACAUAAAGUCCCGAAAAGCUUCACACCAAGAUGACAUCUGUAUUAAAACAUCUAAAGAUAAAAACGUGUGCCUGAUAAAAGGAAUGACUUUCCUUACUCCUGAUCUUCUUGUUAUCACAGACUUUGGUAACAAAGCUAUAAAAAUGGUGGAUACCAACAGCAAAUCUGUUACCGAUCAAUUACAACUUGACACAGAACCAUAUGAUGUCACCUCAGUUACCAGUACUGACUUUGCUGUCACACUACCAGAGAAGCAAACCAUUCAGUUUAUAUCAGUCUCCUCAAAGAAACUCAAAAAGAGACAUACUCUGAAGGUCGCGGAAAACUGCUCGGGUAUAAGCUGUCAUCAGGGGAAAUUUGUAGUGUCAUUUAUUAAUCCUGCAAAACUCCAAAUCCUUAAUAACAAUGGUACUAUACUGAAAACAAUAAAGGGAGAAAACACUUUCAGUAAGCCAAUGCAUGUUACAACUGGCAGUAGUUUUAUUUAUGUAUCCGACUGGGCUAUGAAAACAGUUACAAGGUUAAAUUGGCUGGGUGAGGUAACUGGUAGCUAUCGUGGUGAAUUGGUAACACCUCAAGGAAUUUCUCUGUCUGAUGACAGAACUGUAUUUGUGUGUGACUCUGAGAAGAAAGUUAUAGAAGAGAUAUCAGGUGAAUGUUCCGCAGGAAAGACUGUGUUGAAGGAACCAAACUGUCCCCGCACUGUCUGUUGGAAUGCUAAAACAAGUGCACUGUACUUCAGCUGUAAAUCUGCCAAUGAAAAAUAUGCCAAUUUCCUUCAUGUUUUCAAGCUGUCAUAAACACAUAGCUUUACAAGUGUAAUAGACAGCCUCAACAAAAUAUAUUUUGCAUAUCACCAACUACUGAUUGUUAGUAACAUGGCUUGAACUUACACAUGCCGAACAUUCGUAAUAUUUUCUACUAUACAUAAAAUCAUUAUAUGAGCCGUGCCAUGAGAAAACCAACAUAGUGGGUUUGCGACCAGCAUGGAUCCAGACUAGCCUGCACAUCCGCGCAGUCUGGUCAGGAUCCAUGCUGUUCGCUUUUAAAGCCUACUGCAAUUAGAGAAAGCUUUAGCGAACAGCAUGGAUUCUGACCAGACUGCGCAGAUGCGCAGGCUGGUCUGAAUCCAUGCUUGUCGCAAAGCCACUAUGUUGGUUUUCGCAUGGUGGGGCUCAUAUAAUUAUCUUGGUACAUUUUGUUGUUUCAAGAACACUAUAGUUUGAAUUAAAUCCUCAGCAGCUAUUGAUUCGAACUAAUUUUUUCCUGGAAUGCUUUCCUAAAGUGUACUAUAAUGAAUAAAGAUAUCAUAGUGGCGACUUAUUCUGUGUUCCAGGAGGCACAAGUUACGUUCGUGAAAACAGUAUUCAAACGAACAUCAAGUAUCAAUUUGUUAGAUAAAUAGACUGACCAAGAUUUCUAAUGAUAAAAGGUUGCUUUGACUUUCACUGUACAUAUAUACGAUGUUUGACAUUACUAAAAACGUUGACGCAGCUUUGCCACACAUGCAACACUAGACUGUUGUGUCACUGAACUACUUUUUGUGACUAGUAUCUUAAAGCAGCAUGCCUCCAGAUCGAUCGACAAUAGGAAAAAAAUUUUUUUUUUAGAUAUCUUGAAAUAAAUGCUAUAUUUCUUAAGAAGGCUUUAAAACUUAAUUACUGACAGACUUUAUGUUACAGAAACACAUGAAAAUUUGCUGUUUUUACUACUUUUUACGAUGAAAAUCGAAAAGCGUUUGUCACGCUUUUACUCCAGGUAAACUGUCUCAAUUAUAAAUAUCUAUAGUUUGAAGUCAUUAUUCACUACUUCAGCUAUAGCACUAUUGGUUACGACGACGGGAAAAUGUCUUUAUUGCCGCGGCGGUCCGGGGUUCGAUUCCCGGCGCCGUCAUAUUUUUUUCUUGAUUUGGAACUUUUAAAAUAUUUUAGAAACAAAAAUUCAUAUUCUAAUGUUCAUAAUAUGACCAAACUUCAAAUUGAAAGAAAGAUUAUUUUUUAGCCAAAUCUGGAGGCAUGCUGCUUUAAAGGCUCAUAAUUCCUUUGUUGAUAAUGUUGCUGUUAUGAACAGGUAAUAUAAGUAAUUACAUGUUAAAUCCUA